UGGGCAUGGGCUACAUUUUAUUUCAGAAUAAGUCGAUUUUUGAUUACUUUAUUAUGAGGCUUCGUUUUAAAAUUUUGGUUCAAUUUGAUUUUUUUAUAACUUUACUAUGAGGGUGGGCAUGAGCUAUGUUUUAUUUCAGGUCAAGUCGAUUUUUGAUUACCACUACAGAUCCGGAGAGGUUGUUAUAUACACACCCGGGCGUGUCUAUAACAAAUUAGAGCGGGUCCGCGGUUAUCAAGGCUUUCAUGUUUUAUGUUACGGAGUAGUGGAGACUGUACCAAUAUAGUUUAAUCUUUGCCCAAAUGCGAUACAAGAAAACUUGAAAGGAGAGUUGAGAACAAAAAAUUUCUGAAUUUUUAAAGAGAAUCUUGCGAACGAGGAAAGAAUGAAGAAUCAUCAUCUCAAGAUAUCCAUUGCUUUACACAAACUUGGCUUAUUCAUGGAGAUCUCCUGCAAAAAAAUCCACCUGAUUUAUACUGUUCAAAUCUACCAAUUUUUCUGGGCAUUUAACUUUUCUGCAAUUUCAACUGUUCAGAAUUUUCAAUUCCCUUUUGAGAAAAGGGUUUCAUUGAUUUUUCUGAGGAAUGAAUCAAAGGCCCACAUUGCUUCAUGGGGUGCUUUUUGCCGAAAUACAUGAAAUUGAUAAGCUGCAUUUGGGUUGUGGAUUACCCCUUUUGAAACAGAGUAUUGAUGAUCCAAGAAGGGUAUGGAGAACAUUAUUGUACAGAAUCAAAGGAUAUUGCGCGUGCAGUCCUCAGCUUGCAGGUUUCAGACUGUAUGCCACAAUUGAUCUGGAUAAAGCAAGAGUUGCACGGACAAAAAUCAUUACUACCCACCCUUCAAGGCCUCGUUGGUCUCAAAAAUUUCGUGUCUAUUGUGCUCAUGAGGUGUCGAAAAUUACAUUUACUGUCAAGGACGAAAAUCCUGUUAGUGCAACUCUGAUUGGAAGAGCUUCUUUACCUGUUAGAGAAGUCAUUUCAGGUCGUCCAAUAGACAGAUGGCUUGAAAUAUUGGAUGAGAGUGGCAACUCCAUACGAUCACAAAUUCAUGUCAGUGUACGAUUUUUGGAUGUAACUCGAGAUCCAUACUGGUCUCAGGGCAUCCAAAAUCCACAGUAUGGAGGAGUCCCUUCCACAUUCUUUAGACAGAGACAAGGUUGCAAAGUCUUUCUCUAUCAAGAUGCACAUGUGUCUGACAGUUUUACCCCUUCCAUAAUGCUUCAUGGAGGUAAGAAUUAUGAGUCACGGCGAUGCUGGGAAGAUAUAUUUGAUGCCAUUGUUAAUGCAAAAUACCUGAUUUACAUAGCUGGCUGGUCUGUUAACACAAAGAUCACCUUAAUAAGGGAUCCUCGUAGGCAAAAGGCGGUAGGGGAUCUUGCUCAUCUUUCUUUAGGAGAGCUUCUCAAGGAGAAAGCUAAAGAGAGAGACAUGAGAGUUCUCAUACUUGUUUGGGAUGAUAUAACUUCAGAGCCGUAUAAUAGGCAAGGAUUAAUGGGAACCCAUGAUGAAGACACCUUUGCUUACUUUCAGAAUACAAAUGUACGGUGUGUUAAGUGUCCUCGGAAGGCUGGCCAAGGAUUAAGCACGAUACGGGGUGUUCAGGUUGAUGCUAUGCUUACACACCAUCAGAAGACAGUAGUGGUUGACUGUGAGAGCCCUGGAUCACUAAAGAGGAUAAUUGUGAGUUUCUUAGGAGGUAUUGAUCUUUGUGAUGGAAGAUAUGAUACAGAAGAUCAUUCUCUUUUUAGGACGUUAAAAACAAUUCACAAGGAUGAUUUCCAUCAGCCUAAUUUUCCAGGAGCUUCUAUACAAAAAGGUGGUCCGAGGGAACCAUGGCAUGAUAUCCAUUGCCGGCUAGAAGGACCUGUCGCUUGGGAUGUGCUUUAUAACUUUGAGCAAAGAUGGACUAAGCAAGUGGGAAAGCAUUUCCUAUAUUCACUAGAUGAGCUUAAGGAAAGAAUAACCAAACCUUUUGAAGUAAUGACAGCAGCAGAAGAACAAGAAUCUUGGAAUGUUCAGAUAUUCCGAUCCAUUGAUGGAGGUUCGGUGGUACUUGAUGGAGAACCAGGGGUAGGCUUCCCAUCAGACCCAAAUAAGGCACUUCAGGUUGGCCUUUACUGUGAUAGAGGCAGUAUCAUAGAUCGUAGCAUUCAAGAUGGAUACAUAAAUGCCAUCAGACGAGCAAAGAACUUUAUAUACAUUGAAAACCAAUACUUUCUUGGAAGUUCGUAUGCAUGGAAACCUGAGGAAGAUAUUGAUGCCUUGCAUAUCAUACCGAAAGAGCUGUCAUUGAAGAUCAUCAGUAAGAUUGAAGCUGGAGAGAGAUUUUCUGUGUAUGUUGUAAUACCUAUGUGGCCUGAAGGACAGCCUGAAAGUGGUCCUGUCCAGGCAAUACUAUAUUGGCAGAGGAGGACAAUGGAAAUGAUGUAUACUGAUAUUGCCAAUGCCAUACAACGCAUGAAUCUCAACGCACACCCAAGAGAUUAUUUAUCAUUUUUCUGUCUUGGUAAUCGGGAGGUUUUGAAAACUGGGGAAGAUCAGCCUGCAGAGAAGCCAGUGCCUGGUUCUACAUAUGACAAAGCUCAACACAAUCGACGUUUCAUGAUAUAUGUUCAUGCUAAAAUGAUGAUAGUUGAUGAUGAAUACAUCAUUAUUGGGUCUGCAAAUAUAAACCAGCGGUCAAUGGAUGGGGGAAGAGACACAGAGAUAGCAAUGGGAGCCUACCAGCCGUAUCAUUUAUCUGCAGGGCAGCCAGCAAAGGCGCAUAUAUAUGGCUUUAGAAUGGCACUGUGGUAUGAGCACCUUCACCAUAUGGAUGUAUCAUUUCUGUAUCCCGAGACACUGGAAUGCAUGCAAGUUGUGAACAGUCUUGCUGAAAAAUAUUGGAAAAUAUAUUCUAGUGAAACUUUCGAUCAAGACUUGCCUGGCCACCUCCUUCGAUAUCCCAUCGAAGUCACAAGUUUUGGACAUGUUACCCUGCUUUCUGAAGAUGAAAAGUUCUUCCCUGACACCAUUGCUCCUAUUCUCGGGACUAAGUCCGAUCUGCUGCCUCCUAUACUUACUACUUAGGAACAUUGAUAUUUCAAUACAAGACUUACAAGACAAAAGGAAGCAUCUGUCAUUGAGCAACUGAAGCAUAAGCUGAUAUGUUUAAGAUCAGAGCUGCGGAAUGCGAAGGAAGACCAAAAGUUCAGGGAUUUUGUUGUUCUGUACAUAAGCAUAGCAAUUAACAAAGGUGAAUGAUUAAUAGCCUAGGCAAGACAAUAGAAGAAUUGAUGUAUUUAACCAGAACACAAUGUUCAUAAACAUUCUUUUAAGACAGCAGCAUUACCAUUACUUGUCUUUCAUGUAUAAUGUAUGGAAUUUGCUUCUGGAAACAA